GCAAAAUGAAUACAGGAUUUGAAGAAUUUUUGCAAACCCUGCAGAUUGUUCAAAUAUUUACGAUGUUCGCGAGUGGUUUUUUUGAAAAUUUGAAAAUUCUGCGAACUGUGCGGGAUCAUAUAAAUAAUCGAAUUAUAUAUAAGGAUGCGGUUUUGGACAACAACGAUCGAAAGUCAUAUGGUCUUUUGUUAGGAAGAAUAAGACAAUUGGAAAUUUUCGAAGCCGAGAAGGACGGGUGCAUCAAUAAUGUCGAGAUUCAACAGAAGAAUAACUUGGAAAACCAAUUUCGCUCAUUUAUAGAGCAUGAAUCUCGCAUUGCUACUGCCCAUCAAUCUUCACCUGAUGCUAGUUGGUCCAGCGAUAAGGCUGUCGUGAAUGCGACUUUUUCGAACAAUAGCACCAGUAAUAAUAAUUCAUACAAAACGCAAUCAACUGAUGUCGAUGAAGAAGAAGCUAGCGUAGUAAAUGUAUCGACAUCGACAUGGUCAAAAGGGGCUACAGAAGGUGACGAAAGUGAAACAUCAGAUGUUCAAAGAGGUGCAGGGGAAAGAAGCGAUACAGUAAACGGAGAUCACAAAUAUUUCAAUGAAAAAGGCGAGUGUGAGGCGUUCAUACGUAAAUUUGGGCUAACGGCAAGACGGAUGGAAUUUUCGUUUAAAGAUGUGAACGAUGACGAGAUACCACAAAAUUGGUUGAAGAAUGCGUUUCAAGAGUUACUUGAUUAUAUUACCCGUGGAUUUCAACCCACCAGCAUGAUUGGAGUGGUCAUCGAAAAUGAAGAAUUUCCAGACAAACCUGCCGGAAUUUCUUUUCGAAGACUAUCACAGCUGAGCGCGGACGUGGUGAUGGACAUCAUUAGCGCUAUCAUUCAAAGCAACGCUAGCUUUUUCGCUAACGAUAAGAUGACUAUCCGCAUAGAUGUGAUUGAUAUGCCACUAGGUAGAGGAUUUUCCGCACUGGAUGGUAAGUGCGUGAAUUUUAAAGAAUUUUGUAUCGCAAAAAACAGCAUUUUUGUUGUGGAUGUGAACAAUUUUUGCCUAGCGGCGUCUCUAAUUGUUGCUAUUGAGUAUACGGCUAACGGUUGCAAUAGAAAGGUGCUACAGAAAUUUAAAACAAAAAAGGGUAAAAUAGAUUUGCUAAAUCUAGCUCAGGCACUUUGUCAAAGAGUAAAUGUUGAUAUAACACAUGGGGGCGGACACGCUGAAAUUCAGCGGUUUCAAAAUUACUUUAAAGAAGAUUAUAUAAUAGUUGUUUAUAAUAAACGCGACGGAACGUCGGUAUAUUUUAAAGGGGAUUAUAAUAUCAACAAGCCGAGGAUUAACCUUUUAUUGGAAGAUCAACAUUAUAAUGUAAUUUUAAGUUUGACUGGUGCAUUCGCAACGCGAUUUUUCUGCGAAUAUUGUCUGACGAAGUAUUCCCAGCAAGAACGCCAUAAAAAUUGUCCGUUUAAAUGCCCGUGUUGCCUAACGUCGCCUCCAUGUAACGACGACCCAAAUGUAAUAAGUUGUAAUAUGUGUAACAGGGUUUUUAAAGGGGAGAUUUGUUUAAAUAAACAUAAAAAAGCCAAGACUUGCGAUCGUAUAAAGCGUUGUAGUACUUGUCACGCCGAGAUUACACCAAAAAACAAAAAAAAAAGAGUACUCACAAGUGUGGAAAAAAAUUUUGUAACACAUGCAAAGAGGAUAAGGAUAUUAGGCACGAUUGCUACAUGCACCCUUGCAAAGUUACGCGUAACAACAAUGAAGCACAUUUUGGUAGAAAUAAUAAUUUUCUUUUCAUCUUUUUUGAUUUUGAAACGAGACAAGAGAAAAAAAUUGGUGAAAAAUUGUUUCUGCAUGAACCAAAUCUAUGUGUAA